UCCUGCAGCUUUGUAACUUCAGGCGUGUGACCAGCUGAGAACUUCACCUUUUGAGGAGUUCUGCAUUUUGCCAGUCAUCUCUUACAACUGAGUGCCAAAGAAGGACUCCAUGAAAGAUGACAGAGGAAGUUAUUGUGAUAGCAAAGUGGGACUACACUGCCCAACAGGACCAGGAGCUGGACAUCAAGAAAAACGAGCGCCUAUGGCUGCUGGACGACUCCAAGACGUGGUGGCGGGUGAGGAAUGCGGCCAACCGGACGGGCUACGUGCCAUCCAACUACGUGGAGAGGAAGAACAGCCUGAAGAAGGGCUCCCUCGUGAAGAACCUGAAGGACACGCUAGGCCUCGGCAAGACCAAGAGGAAGACGAGUGCACGGGACGCGUCCCCGACCCCCAGCACGGAUGCCGAGUACCCCGCCAACGGGGGUGGCGCCGACCGCAUCUACGACCUCAACAUCCCUGCCUUCGUCAAGUUCGCCUAUGUGGCCGAAAGGGAGGACGAGCUGUCCCUGGUGAAGGGGUCACGUGUCACCGUCAUGGAGAAGUGCAGCGACGGCUGGUGGCGAGGCAGCUACAAUGGGCAGAUUGGCUGGUUUCCCUCCAACUAUGUCCUGGAGGAGAUGGACGAAGCGGCUGCCGAGUCCCCCAGCUUCCUGAGCCUGCGGAAGGGCACCUCCAUGAGCAAUGGCCAGGGUGCCCGGGUCCUGCACGUGGUGCAGACGCUGUACCCCUUCAGCUCGGUCACUGAGGAGGAGCUCAACUUUGAGAAGGGGGAGACCAUGGAGGUGAUCGAGAAGCCCGAGAAUGACCCUGAGUGGUGGAAGUGCAAAAACGCCCGGGGGCAGGUCGGCCUAGUCCCCAAGAACUACGUGGUGGUCCUAAGUGACGGGCCCGCCCUGCACCCCUCGCAUGCGCCGCAGAUAAGCUACGCGGGCCCUGCGUGCAGUGGGCGCUUUGCGGGCCGAGAGUGGUACUACGGGAACGUGACGCGGCACCAGGCCGAGUGCGCCCUCAACGAGCGGGGCGUCGAGGGUGACUUCCUCAUUAGGGACAGCGAGUCUUCGCCCAGUGACUUCUCCGUGUCUCUGAAAGCAUCAGGGAAGAACAAACAUUUCAAGGUGCAGCUCGUGGACAAUGUCUACUGCAUCGGGCAGCGGCGGUUUCACACCAUGGACGAGUUGGUGGAACACUACAAAAAGGCACCUAUCUUCACCAGUGAGCACGGGGAGAAGCUCUACCUCGUCCGAGCGCUGCAGUGACGGCCCCGCCCACAGCCCCUGCCACCUCCAGGGCCUCGGUGCCACACUCACCUCCCCAGAGCCCGGCGGAUCUGCCCCAGGAAGAAGCCGCGCUCACGGGCCCUCCGGCGGCGGGCUCCGCUCGGUCCGGUGGUUCAUCGGUUCUUGGCUUCCUUUGCCUCGUUUACCUUUGCGUGCAGGUCGGUUCGUUUUUCCACUCGCCAACCCUUUGCCAGGCCGGCCCCUGACACCCACUUUUCGGCCUGCCCUCCUCCCGGCCAGGUUUCCAGAACGGGAGGUGGAAGAGGGCGAUGUUCGAUCACUUUACUCCUGCUCAACUGAAAACAGCCUUAGUCUGUUUAGAUUGUUCGUGCUAAUAGAAGCCCUCAUUAAACAGACAUCGGGCACAGUUGGAACGCACCGAAGCUGCCGUUAAUUAAGUGAACUACAGAAAGCGGGGGCCGGACGCUCCUGCAGACGUCCCCGGCCCUGGGCCUGGCAGCCG